GCGGGGUUUCCUGUACUCGUAAACCUUGUUUAAAAUGUCUCCUUAACAACCGAUCUGAGAGUCAAACAGCAGAAGUUUUCGUUGAAGAAUCGCUUGGAGUCGGAAUGGCUGGGACAGGUGAGGGUAAGAAAGAAGAGGCCGACUACAAGAGACUGCACAGCUUCCCUCUUAUCAGGCACACGGAUAUGCCAGAGGAAAUGAGGGUUGAGACCAUGGAGCUGUGUGUAACGGCCUGCGAGAAGUUUGCCACCAACAAUGAGAGCGCUGCAAAGAUGAUCAAAGAGUCUAUGGACAAGAAAUUUGGCAGCUCGUGGCACGUGGUAAUUGGAGAAGGCUUCGGCUUUGAGGUCACGCACGAAGUGAAGAACCUGCUCUACAUGUUCUUUGGGGGGAGCCUGGCUGUGUGUGUGUGGAAGUGCUCGUAGCACCUCCUCUUUGACGUGGUCAGAGGGCUGUGAGUGAACACCAGGUACCAGGAAGACGCUGAUUCCACUGCUGUUGUGGCAGGUUAUCUUAUUCCACGCUACCAACCACUGGCACUUGGUCAAGUUCUGGUCCAGCUUGAUAAAGUUGGCAGGGAAAAACAUAUGAAAGGGAAUUUAGAGUGUGACAGUCACUCUUUUUGGUAGGCAUAAAAAUGACUCCAUGCCUUGUCAAUGGCUGUUCUUUUCCUCUUUGUUGUUUUUGUUACCCUCUGUCUAACUCAUGUCUCAUCUUUGAGCAUCAUCCUGAAUGUAAGUGGGUGUGCAUGAGCAAGCAAGCUGAACUUUUACAAAUACUGCAGCUAGCCAGGGUCUCCAAAGUCCUUUAUCCUCCUUCCUCUUCAGGGAGUGUGCAUGUGAGUGAGUGAGUUUACAUGUUUGUGUGUGCUGGACACACACUUUUUAUUUGAAAUAACCCUAAACUGUCACUAUCCACUGUAACCUGAGCAGGCCUGUGCAACCCUUCUGUCCACGCCCCUUCCCACACGUGUCUUUCUCUCAAACAGCACUAGUAUUUCAAUACACUUUGUAAUAUUUUUUAUGUGUACAUAUUUUUAUGCAACUUGAAAAGACUUUUUGUUAAGACCAGUGUCACCUUCUUACAAUGGGAGCUCAGUCCUGAGCUAAACAAUAAACACGGUCAGCCUUUUCUCCUUGUAAAGAUGUUUGUAAUUAUCCCUAAUAAUAUGACCUCGCUGGGUGACAAAAGCAAUGUGAUUGUUUCAUGUCGUACCUGAUUGUACAUUAAACGCUAAUGUGGUGAAAUAGAGGCUGGGUCUGUAUUUUUAAAAUUAUUUGUAUUUAUUUAUUCAUUAGUUUUACUUGUUGUUAGACUGGAAAUCAAGGAGCAGCUUGAACAUG